AUAGUGCUCCCCUCACAUCAACCCUGUGCAAGUAUCAUUAUCCUCAUUGACUUGCACAAAGUUACCUGGUUUCUAAGUGUCUAACAAGCGUUUAUUACAUACUUAUUUUGUACCAAGUGAGUAGUGUGUGUAGUUCUGGGAGAACAAAGAAAAAAAGAAAAUAUGUACAUAUACAGACAUAUACUUACAGCUGGGAUUUGAAUCCAGCCCCAAAUUUUGUAAUCCCAGUACUCUCCAAGGAAUGAGAAAUGCUAUCUCCAUUUUUGUUUUCAAGUUGUUGGUGUACCCUGCUUCCUUUCCCUCCUCAUGUAAACACUGACAGUCUUAAAUUUUUAUUUUAGCCACCACUACACAGUAAACUACUAAAGAAAUGCUCCUUGCUCAAAGAAUAUACUCAAUUUUCAAUUUGAAGAAAUUAAAACCAUUUCUAGUCAUGUGGAAAGGUGCUCCAAAUCACUGUUGAUCAGAGAAAUGCAAAUUACAACAACUCUGAAGUACCACCUCAUCUCUCUCAGAUUGGCUGAAAUGACAGGAAAAGAUAAUGCAAAAUGUUGAAGGGGAUGUAGAAAAACUGGGACACUGAUGCAUUAUUAGUGGAGUUGUGAAUGGAUCCAACCAUUCUGGAGAACAAUUUGGAAUUAUGUCCAAAAAGUUAUCAAACUGUGCAUACCCUCUGACCCAGCAGUGUUACUACUGGGCUUAUAUCCCAAAGGACAGGGACACACAUGUGCAAAAAUGUUUGUGGCAGCCCUUUUUGUAGUGGCCAAAAACUGGAAACUGCGUGAAUGUCCAACAAUUGGAGAAUGACUGAAUAAGUUAUGGUAUAUGAAUGUUAUGGAAUAUUAUUAUUCUGUAAGAAAUAAUCAGCAGGAUGAUUUCAGAGAGGCCUGGAGAGAUUCAUAUGAACUGAUUCUAAGUGAAGUGAGCAGAACCAAGAGAUCAUUGCAUAGAGCAACAAGAAGAUUAUAUGAUGAUCAGUUGUGGUGGAUAUGGCUCUUUUCAGGCCAAUUCCAGUGGACUUGUGAUGGAAAGUGCCAUCUGCAUCCAGAGAAAGGACUGUGAGAACUGAGUGUGGAUCACAACAUAGCAUUCUCACUCUUCUUGUUUGCUUACUUUUUGUUCUUUCCCAGUUUUUUCCUUUUUGAUCUGAUUUUUUUUGUGCAGCAUGAUAAUUGUGUUAGUGUGUAGAGAAGAAUUGCACCUGUUUAACAUAUUGGAUUGCUUGCCUUUUAGGGGAGGAGGUGGGGGAAAAGGAAGGAAAAAAUUUGGAACACAAGGUUUUGCAAGGGUGAAUGUUGAAAAUUAUCUAUAUAUAUGGAUUUUUUUUUUUUUUGGCAUUUUUGCUGAAACAAUUGGGGUUAAGUGACUUGCCCAGGGUCACACACCUAGGAAGUAUUAAGUGUCUGAGGCUAGAUUUGAACUCAGAUCCUCCUAACUUCAGGGCUGGUGUUCCAUCUACUGCACCACCUAGCUGCCCUUAUGCAUAUAUUUAGAAAAUAAAAAGUUUUAAUAAGGAAAUGCUCCUUGCAUGAAAGAAUGAGUAUUUUGAAAAGCUUAAAACUGUACAAAUUCGAUGAUGAUGAUGAAUCUUAUUAACUGAGAAUCUUAAACAUGACUGAUUUUUAUUCAAAAACUAAUAAACUGUUAAAUUGUAUUGGUUUAGGAUUAUUUCCAAAAAUCAAGUCCUUCAAAAUUAUUUAUCCUUUUUUUUGUAUUAAUUUUUUUUGGGGGGAGGGGGCAGUGCUCUAUCCACUGCACCAUCUAGCUGCCACCCCCUCCUUCAAAAUUACAUUUGCCACUACUGAGGAUGAUGCCAUAGGCUCCAAAGAAGGGUACAAAGAAGAGCAGCAUGGGAGUAUGGGGAUGGUGGUAAUCAAUGUCCCUCCUGCCCUCUCCUCCAUGAAGUGUGCUGGAAUCUUUCAUUUACAGCUAGGUGGCAUAUAGUGCACAGAGCAAUGGGCCCUAGAGUCAGGAAGAUUGGUUCAAAUGAGGUCUCAUAUACUUACUGAUGAGCAGCUCCCUAAAGCACCAAGCCUGAAGUCAAUAUCAGGGUUCAAAUCUGGUCUCAUAGACACUCACUAGGUGUGUGACCCUGGGCAAGUCACUUUGCCCUAUUUGCCUCAGUUUCUUCAUCUGUCUCAUAAAUGAGCUAGAGAAGGAAAUGGCAAAGCACUCCAUCCAAUAUCUUUGCCAAGAAAACCCCAAAGGGGAUCACAAAGAGUUGGACAAAACUGAACAAGACACUAAUUGUAUGAUCCCGAGCAAGUCAUUUUGCCUCCCAGGUUUCUCAUUUAUAAAUAGGAAUAAUAAUAGUACCUCCUUCCUAGAAUUGCGAGGGUCAAACGAGUCAAUUAGCAAGUGCCUGACACAUAGCAAGUGCUAUAUCAAUGUUAGCUAUUAUUAUUUGGAGUCAGAAAACUCCAAUUCAAAUGCUAGCUCUGCUCCUGAUAGCUGUGCCAUCCUAGACAGCUUCCUCAUUCUGAGUCCAAAUUUUAUCUAUCAAUAGAAGGAAUUUCUCAGAGCUCUCUUCCAGCUCUUUACCCUAUUUCCCAAGUGUUUUGGAGAGGAUAGUCCUGUGGAUAUAGAAAUGUUUUUGAAUGACUCUCUCCCGACUUACAGCAGCAUUUUCCCAAACUCCUCUAGCCUUUUUUGUGUUCAUGACAUUUGACAGAAGCCAUAAAAGAUUGUCUGAGGGGCUACUGGGGAAGAAUGGUACUCUGGGUAAAGUGGAGCAAAAUAAACCCUAUUUUUAGCUCGCUAAAUAUUAAGCAUCUUAGUAUGUGUGCAAUUUAAUAUUUUAAUGAGGAAAUACUGCUACCUUCAAAAAUGCACCAUGAAAUCCCUAUUUACUUGGAGCAACUUCUAGAGGAGUGAGCAGUUAGUCAUCGUUAGAAAUGGCCAAGCCUGGGGAUGGCAUUGCUAGGAAACAAAAAUAUAAAGUCUUUACCUGUUGGGAUAACUGAGAGUUUUGCCAGCAGCUGGAGAAAGCUGAAAAGCAGCGCUACUUUGAGGAAAAGAUUGGGUCAAUGGAGAGAAAGAAAGAGACAGAAAGAAAAGGGGAGAGGGAGAAAGGGAGAGCCCUAGAAACAGAUCGAGGGAGACUGAGAGAGAGGGAGAGAGAGAAUACAACCCCAUUUGUUAAGAUUCAGAACUAGAAUGGACCUUAGUUACUUUCUAUUCCUCCUCCUAGUCACCCCACUUUACAGAUAAGGGUCGGUGACUGACCUAAGGUCACACAAUACAAAGAGAGCUUUUUUUUUAAGAACCAUCCUCCCACCAACUUAGAUCUCUCCAUCAUGAGGCUUUUUCCCAUCCCUCCGCUGGUAAUGACACCCUCCUUGGAUCACAUAAACAACUUUGUUUUGCACCUCCCUAAUUAGGAGGUAAUUUUGUUUAUUAUAGUUAUCUUUGUGCCAUAAUGUUAGCUCUGUGAGAUUUACCUGCGGCACUACCCUGUAAGGUAGGUAGUUCAGGUAUUAUGUCCAUUUCACAGAUGUGGAAAUUGCCUCAAAGAAAAUGACUUGCCCACAGCUAGCAGUAUUAUCAGGAUUGAAACCCGAGUCUCCCGAGAUUAAGUCUGGCGCCCACGCAUCUGCGCACCCACUCUGUACCCCCUAGGGGGCUGUAAGCGCCGGGGACCACGGUCUUCCCUCAAUUGAGUACUCCCCCCAACGCCUCCGUAGGUGUUUAAGCAGUUUUUGUUUGAAUGAAUGCAGGAGACGGCGAGGGGGUUAUCCUAGAGGGGCUCGGGGGUGGGGAAGUCUGUCCUGGGCCCCUCCGGUCCCCCGUGCAGGCCUUUGCUGGAGGGGAGCUUAGGCGGUGCCGCCUCACUGGGUCGGGGAUCAGGGCGUCAGACUCGGAGGUUGUGUCCUGGCCACCGUGGCCUUCCCCGCCCUCCCCUGCUCUGCACCGGGGGAGAAGCCGCGAGUAAUGACAGGGACGCGGAGAGCCCCGCUGGGCCCGGGAGGGAGGGGGAGCGAAGCGCAUCGCCACACACCCACGCGCGAGCACGUUGGGGCGGACAGUGGGUCGCCAGUCCUCCCCCUCCCACCCCCAGUUACCUAGGGAACGUUGUCUCCGCGUUCCAUCCGUGCGGGCCUUCGGAGCCUCCCCCUCCCCCACGCAGAUGACGUCAUGGUCGGUACCCACCUCCCCCCCUCCUCUCCCCUCCCCAGUCUUCGGGGCGAGCGGCUCUCGGACAGCGCGAAGAGAGAGGGAGGGGAGCGGGGAGGGGAGAGCGGGGAGGGGGCGGGGCGGGCACUGCUGCAGGGCGCGGGCGGGGGAAGCCGGGGAGGGGCCGGGCUGUGCACCUGCGCCGCUUCGGCCUCAGCCCUGGCCCGGCCCGGCCCCGGCCCAGCCAUGGCCAAGCCUCAGCGGACCCCUGCGCGGAGCCCCGACAGCAUCAUCGAGGUGAAGAGCAAAUUCGAUGCCGAGUUCCGGCGCUUCGCCCUGCCCCGAGCCUCGGUGGGAGGCUUCCAGGAGUUCUCGCGGCUGCUUCGGGCCGUGCACCAGAUCCCGGGCCUGGACGUGCUGCUGGGCUACACCGACGUGCACGGGGACCUGCUGCCCCUCACCAACGACGACAACCUGCACCGGGCGCUGGCCAGCACGCACCCGCCUCUCCGGCUGCUGGUGCAGAAGAGGGCAGAAGCCGAUCCCACGGGCAUGGCCUUUACCUCCAACUCCUUGCAGCGCCGGAAGAAGGGGCUGCUCCUGCGGCCCGCGGCCCCCCAUCGGACGCGCCCCCCACUCCUCAUCAGCCUUCCCCAGGACUUCCGUCAGAUUUCCUCCGUCAUCGACGUGGACCUGCUGCCUGAGAGCCACCGGCGAGUGAAGCUGCACAAGCACGGCUCGGACCGCCCGCUGGGCUUCUACAUCAGGGAUGGCGUGAGCGUGCGCGUGGCGCCCCAGGGCCUGGAGAAGGUGCCCGGCAUCUUCAUCUCCCGCCUGGUGCGGGGCGGCCUGGCCGAGAGUACCGGCCUCCUGGCCGUCAGUGACGAAAUCCUCGAGGUCAACGGCAUCGAUGUGGCCGGCAAGUCGCUGGACCAGGUGACAGACAUGAUGGUGGCCAACAGCCACAACCUCAUUGUCACCGUCAAGCCGGCCAACCAGCGCAACAACGUGGUGCGGGCGGGGGCGGGCCGACCGGGGGGGUCGCAGCCCGCCGCGCCCCUCCCUCCCGCAGAAGUUCCCGAGCCAGACAGCGAUGAGGACAGUGACCUGGUCAUCGAGAGCCACGGGCUGCCUGGCUACUUCCCGCCCUGCCCAAAUGGGACGCCUCCGGCCCCCUCCCCCCGGGACUUGCGGCCCAGCCGCUCACUCCCCGGCUCUCGAGGGUCCUUACAGUCCCUGGACAGUCAGGACGGGGCCAGCCCUGCCCGGGGGGGCAGUCUAAGGGAAGAUGGCAGUGGCGUCACCCUAUAGUCCGGGCUUUGCCCGGCCGAACCCUGGGGCUGCUGUCCUGCUCACACACACCUCUGGCCCCUGCCUGGGCUGGUGGACACCGGGGCCAAGGAGGGAUAAGGGUCCCCCAAGGUGCCCCUCCUCGACCUCCGCCUCCCUCCCCAGUCCCAAGCGCUCUCUCGGCGGGCAGCCGGACGGGGAGCUGACUUUUCAUGAGCUGAGGCGGGGCCUUUGCUCAUGCAUCCUUCCCCAUCUGUGAAAUAUUAAAGCUUUUCUAGAAAACACCA